CGAAAUUUAAUAUAGAAAACAUUACUAUCUCCGUAUCUAAAAUCACCUGUUCAAACUAAAACUUCUUGUUCGCUCCUCUUUUAACAAAAUCGAAUACGCAUUCUUAUCUUAUCAAAAGCCCAUUAAUGAUUCAAGGUAAACAUAAUUUUUGUUAUUAGUGACAGUCGUCAAGCAGCAAUCGUAUUGUACGAACGUGUAAAAAUUCGCUGAGUGAUGACCGUGCCGCUAGACGAUAUAGAAAAUAGCAAAUUACCGUAGUCACGAUGUUGCAGAUCCCACAAUACGUACUUGAAAACUUACGAUGUUCUAUUUGUGGCAGCUACCUCAGUUCGAAGCCUCUCAUGAUACGAGCAGAAAACAAACAAGUGUGCGGAAAGUGUUACAAGUUACUUCCUGCGUACGAAAAAGAAAAGUGUGUCAGACAGAUUGGACUGGAAAGUGUUGCGGAAGUGUUAGUUUUUCCGUGUAGGUACAAUACCCAGGGUUGCCCGUACAAAUUUAAGUGGUGCGAGGAUAAGGAACAUGAAGCUACGUGUCCUUAUAGAAGUUUAAUGUCAUUAUCUACUGAUUCUUCAAGGUAUUGCAACAUUGAUGAUAUUUACAACGAUUCCCAGAGCAGCUAUGGAUCCGAACUUCAUUGUGAAACACCCCAGGUAAAAGCCACGUUCUCGUAUAAAAUAAAAGACAAAACCAGCGAGAUGAAAAACUUAUCUUACACCCUAGAUAUUAAAGGCAACUGUGACAAUACUUUAGUCAUUAAAAAUACCAACACCGAAGAGGCUGAAGAAGUCGAAUUAAAGAUGGACGGGACUGUUUUUUUGGGAAGUAAACCAGAAUUGCUUUUUUCUGAUAUCACAGCAACGCCAGUAUCUAGCCACAACAUCUAUGAAACCUUAAGAACCUAUGAUACAAGGGAAGCAGUGUGUCUGCAGUGCGGUAAAAUUCCUAAUCACACUGACUAUCCUAUAAUAGGUCAAAAUGAGUGUCUUAAAUAUAAAUCAAAUUUGUGUGUCCAUUGUGUAAAACAAUUAGAAAAAGAAGCUAAAACGCUGUGUAAGAACCAUAAAAAAGGGUGUAGGGAGACUUUGGACUUCGAUAGUGCGCAUAAUCAUGAAACCAACUGUCAAUUUAAUGAUUACAAAUGCAUUUUAGAACCUUGUAAUGUUAAUAGUACCUUAUUUAACCUAAAAGAACACAUAAAAAACGAACAUUCCUCGGAAAUAUUCCUCACUAAUGAGUUUAAUAAAAGGUUAACAAGCAAGGAUGACGUGUUCGUAGUGUUUUGUUACGGUAACAUUUUUAAAUGCGUCUACUUUUAUUACAAAUCCUUUGUGGAACUUACCGUGACUUAUAUAGGAUCGAGUGAUGAGGCUGUGAAGUUUUUCUACGAGGUCAUAGUGAAUAUUAAAGGAUAUGUGAUUUCAAAAAGGUCUAAGUGUACAAAUUUAAAUACUGCUAUGUUAGAUAAGGGUAUUACGUUCGAAAAGUCUGAGUUAGUAGGAGCUGCUGAUAAGAGAUUAAAUGUUGAGGCCACUAUAAGGAUAAUUAAUAAAAAGUAAAUUAUUUAAAUUUU